AUGGGAAGGGAGGGUGUUGAACAGGAAUGUGGUGUCAGGAAGGAAGGGAAAUCGGACCGUGCGACAGACCUGCCUCAACUCGGAGGGUACGAGUUGUGUGUGAGCUACAACUCGGAGGAUUGGCUUCUCUUUAUUGUUGUUGCGAAAUUAAGAAUGUUGACCUGUGACCAUCCACUUCCCCCGGAUCGGUACAACGAUCGGGUGGAAGACCAUUUACGAGUUAUUGGAUUCUAUCAUGCAUCUCAAAUUGGUGUCGUACAAAAUCAGAAAGCACUCGUGAAUGCUCUAAUAGAACGGUGGCACCCUGAAACACAUACGUUUCACCUUCCAAUUGGUGAGUGUGCCGUAAGUCUUGAAGACGUGGCUCUAAUUCUUGGUCUCCCGACGGAUGGUCUUCCAGUUACUGGGAUGACAAUGAGUAGCUUCUCAGCGUUGGAGGCAGAAUGUUUGCAUCAAUUUGGAGUGGCACCGAGUAAGAGGUACGUGAAGUGCCAUAUUAUGUUGCUGAUCGGGACGAUCUUGUUUGGGGAUAAAUCUGGGGCAGCUGUGCACUGGAAGUUCCUACCCUUGCUUCGUGACUUUGCCAGUAUUGGACAUUAUAGUUGGGGUUCGGCUUGCCUUGCACACCUCUACAGGGGGUUAUGCAGGGCAUCUCGUUAUAAUUGUAAGGAAAUAGAUGGUCCAAUAACACUUCUGCUCGGUUGGGCUUGGAUCCGACUGCCAUAUCUAUCGCCGCUCCCGAGAGAACCACACAGUUUUCCACUAGCCAACAGAUAA